ACAGCUAGGCUAACACUGCUGUUGACGCCUAGAGGCGUCUGGUUGCUGAGCAGGCACGCUUUAAAGUAAAAGUGGUUGUUAACCCAGUGAAACACUUGGGUGAAGAUGUAGCAGAUGAUCAUUGUGGAACAACAACGAUUCAUUCUGUUGGUGGAAGUCAAGUCUAAGCUAAGGAUCACUUUUGUGCUUCGUUUGCUGAAACUUUGUCCGGACCAACAGUCGCACAGCGGACCACACCCUCCUUGCUUCCUCAUAGUAAUGCAGCGGGAGCGCGCAGGAUUGCUUUGGAUCUUUGGGAAUUACGCCGAACUUCCUCUUCGUACUUUAACGGUGUUGUGGUGGUAGAACUAAUGUGGACUGAAAUACCACCGAGUAGUAUGGAUAUAAUCAGCAAGUCGCUGCAGAGGAAAUGUGGAGCUGCACCGCGUUCAGGCUCGAACUAUGGAGCGGGGGGGGGGAACACAGACUGACUGACGGAUGAUGCCGAGGCAUCCGGAGCAGCCGAUAGCUUCCAACCCAGGGCUCAGUCUGAGAAGGAAGAGGUUAAAAACGGACUGAACGAAAAGAGUUAGUUUUGCUUGUCGAUGGACGGCCUGCUUUCGGUGGAACUGCUAAAACAAUGGUGCUGGCGCGAGAACCCAAAGUUCCUGCUGUCCUGAAAAGCUGCACGGAUGGUGCUCAGAUCGGAACCAGCAUGAGCAGGUCACACUCUCUGUGGAUAAGUCGGACAAGAUCACCAUCCAGUUACAGGCCAGAUGUUGGAGCAAAAUGCUUGUGAUUCAGAAAGAUACCAAAAGACUAAUAGCUAAUGUUGAGGUGGUUUCCUUAUAGUAGGCACCAGAAACAAGCAGAGUGAAAAUAUCUGCUGCUAAAGAAGUCAUUUUAUGAUGGACAAACUGAAGAGGAAACAUGUGGAACUGCACUGUGUUUGUUCUGGAGUUUGGGAGGAAGUGGUGUGAAUUAUAUUCCACAAAAACCUGGGACUACACUUUUAAUAUUAGCAGAUUGUUUUUGUUCGGGGCACUUAAUUAGAAAGGUGUUUCAAGUUAACUGUGCAGAAUUUGUUACACUGAUGACAGAGAUUGCUAGAGAUCCUGUUCUGUUAUUAUUAUUAAUUAUUAUUUAACCAAUUUUCCAGCCAGGUAACUAGGAACAAGCCAUAUCAGAUGAUUCUGAAUAAUCUUCCAACUGAGUAGCUGUAAUUCCACCUGUUUACACCUAGUGUCCUGUGGAGAACACUUAUCUACAAUUGAUGAGCUGUAUAUGAAGGGACUUAAUGUUAGACUGUUUGGCCAGUUGACUCUUUUGAGUUUGUAAAACACAGUGAGCUUUUAACCUAAAAAAUGCAGCACCAGAAAACUCCAAAUAAGUAAAGCUUCACCCUCAUUAUUAUGGCUAGCAGCGGCUCUGGCAGAUCUACUUGUGAGGGAUCAAGCAGCCCACUUAGUGGCAGUUUGCAGCAGAGGAAGCGGCUCGCCUUCAUCUGUGAUGCAUGUAAGGCCAAAGUGCAGAUGGUGGCUGACCUGCUGCUGCUGUCCAGUGAGACCCGGCCGGUCAUGACAUCUGAAGGUGUUGCACUGGAUGACACUUUCGACCAGUGUCGUGACACAGUAAUUGCAAGAACUAAAGAGCUCUCCAUUCUCACCCACGACAUCCAGAGCCAGCUUAACAUGGGUCGCUUUACAGAGGUGGGGGACCGCCUCCUGGAAAUGGCUGACUUGGUAGUUUCUCUGACAGAGUGCUCAACCCAUGCCGCCUACCUGGCAGCUGUGGAGAGCCCCGGCUCACAGCCCUGUCUGCCAGGUUUGGUUGAUCGUUACAAAGUUACCCGCUGCCGUCAUGAAGUGGAACAGAGCUGCAGCAUCCUCCGAGUUUCUCCCUUGGCAGACCUGACCCCUCAAGUUCUCCUUGAGCUCUCCCAGAACAUCUCCACCAAUCUCAAGACUCUGACAGAUAUCUCAUUGCUAGCCAGUGAGAGAUCAAGGGACCGCUUUGCUAAAGAACAGUUCAAGUUGAGUGUGAAGAGCAUAAGUACAAGCGGCACUGCCUUCCUGGCCUGCAUCAAAGAAGUUAAAAUCCAGCCCAGUGAGCUGACUAGAAACCGGUGCAUCCUUUUUAGUGCUGCGCUGGUCCAGGCUGUCAGCGCCUUGGUCGGGUUUGCCACAGAGCCUCAGUUCCUGGGAAGAGCUGCGAGUGUCUCAUCCGAAGGAAAGGGGGUACAGACUGCAGUGUUAGGGGGGGCCAUGAGUGUGGUCUCAGCCUCCGUCCUCCUGACUCAGGGCCUAAGAGACGUUGCUCAGCAUCCCGAGAGCAGCUCCAAAAUGCCAGACUACCGGGAGCGUCUGCGUAACUCGGCAUGUGCUGUGUCUGACGGUUGCACUCUGCUCACUCAAGCACUAAGAGAACGAUCCUCCCCGAGGACUCUGCCGCCAGUAAACUCUCAUUCUGUGAUUUAGUUCAGGUAAAGGCUGUUUGCCCGCUCACCCCAUUUUUGUUUUGUGGCAUACCAAAGAGACUCAUGGAUCACCCCUGUUCGUCAGGUUCCAAGCUGCAUGAGAACAGCCAGUCUAUGUGUGUGUGAGUGAAAGAGGGCGAUUGGUGGGUUCCUGAAGUAUGUUUGAGUGCAGUAGGAAAGAGAAACAACCACUGCAGGGUUUGUGCUAUGCUGGAUGUGGCUUGAGCCGUGUUAAAGUGACCACUGUGAGCCUGAUCCAGGGUCAGCAGACGGCUCACUUUAAGCCAAUGCACAGCAGCUUCAGACUGGAAAAGUUUAUCUCUGUGAUGGAUGUAGCCUCGAUCUGUGCAUGUAUGUCUGCCGGACAUGUUUGACUACAUGUGCUGCAUCAGUUUGGAGGAAAGGUUUCAAUGCUUGUGUUUUUUUAAACAAGUCUGAAUCUGAAAUGGUCGAAAAGCUGCUGUGAUUGUGUGCUAUAGGUUCAACACUAUUUACAAGACUUCUGUAGUAUUUUGAAAUGUUUUGACCUUGCAUGUAAUGGAGUAUUUAUUUCAGCUAAUUAAACAAUUGUUUUUGAGA